GCGGAGAGUCAGUACAGCAACAUCCCUACCAGCAUCAGUACUGAAAACAUGGCUAACUCUUACUUACAGGGAGUGGAGAUUUCUGCUUCUCAAUUUCUGGAUAUCUUUCAUCAUUAUGACAACGACGGUAAUGGUUAUAUCGAGGGGAAAGAGUUGCAGAACUUCAUUAAGGAACUUCAACAAGCUCGGAAACAAGCAGGACUGGAACUAACAGACCAAAUGAGGGCUUUUGUGGAAGCAUAUGAGAAAAAUGCUGAUGGAAAAAUUGACAUUAUUGAGUUGGUACAAAUACUACCAACAGAGGAAAAUUUUUUGCUGUUUUUCCGCCAGCAGCUAAAGUCCUGUACAGAAUUUAUGGAGGCCUGGAGAACUUAUGAUGCAGAUCACAGUGGUUACAUCGAGGCUGAUGAGCUUAAGAAUUUUUUGAAGGAUCUGCUUCAAAGAGCAAAAAAACCUUUUGAUGACAAGAAAUUAGAAGAAUACACAUCAACCACACUGAAAAUCUUUGAUUCAAAUAAUGAUGGGAAAUUAUGUCUGGCAGAAAUGGCAAGGCUACUACCAGACCAAGAGAACUUUCUACUAAAAUUUCAGGGGGUAAAAAUGCCUAGAAAAGAGUUCAACAAGAUCUUCGAAUUAUAUGAUAAGGACAGAAACGGUUAUAUGGACGAAAACGAGCUGGACGCCCUGCUCAGAGACCUGUGCGAGAAAAACAAAAAGGUUCUUGAGGCCAACAAACUCCCUGUAUAUAAGAAGGCUAUCAUGGCUCUGUCGGAUGGGGGGAAACUCUACAGAACCGAGUUGGCACUGGUGUUGUGUGCUGAAGAGAUCUGAG